GUGAAUUUCGGAACGCAGCCAAAGAUGGCUACUUCCAAUGUGUUGAAAAGUGAAUAAGUUUUAGGUAUAUACAGAUAAAAUGGAAUCAAUAGCUGUUAAAUUAAUGUUAUUAUUUGCGGAAGAUGGUGGAAUACCCAUGCAUAAUUUAAACAACAUUAUACAAUCAUUAAUAAGACCUAAUAUCAACCUUAAUUUAAAAAAAUGUCGUGCCCGAAUAAAACGUCGUAAUUUGCAUUAUUUUGAGGCAACAAUUCUUAGAUUUAUAGGACCAGUUUAAAGAAAUGUUCAGAAUAAACAGAGCAACUUGCAAAAAUUUGUCAAAUGUUAUUGGACAACAUCUUGCAAGAUAUGCAAAUGAAUAUGCACCUCUCCAAAAAAAAGUAUUAUUGACAAUAUGGUUAUUAAGCAGACCAGUAACUUUUCUAGCAGCAGGAGAUAGAUUUAAUAUACUUACAAGUUCAGCACAUCAUAUUUUUAAAGAAAUCGUUGAUGUACUUGUUGACUUGAUGCCAGUGUACAUACAAUGGCCAAAUCAUAUUUACAAAAACACAUAUGUAGAUAUAUUCGAGCAGAAGUCAUUUGGGUUUCCGGGAGUAAUAGGAGCAGUUGAUGGUUGUCACAUUCCAUGCAAACAACUAAAAAACAAUGCACAUGACUAUUACAACAGAAAAAGUUUCCAUUCAAUUAUAUUGCAAAGUAUUUGUGAUCAUCACAGAAAAUUUAUUGAUUGCUUUAUUGGUUUAUCUGGAAGAAUGCACGAUGCUCGCGUAUUUAGAAAUAGUACAAUUUAUCAACGUAUUAUAAAUGAAAGAAAUCCAUUAUUGCUGACCGAUGAACACAUCAUUGGGGAUUCUGCAUACCCGUUAAUGAUCAAUUUAAUGACACCAUUUAGAGACAGGACAUUUAACAGUUGCUCAGUCAUUAUACAAUACCAGACUUAGUUCAAUUCGUUCAGUAAUCGAGCGAACAUUUGGACUUUUAAAAGGAAGAUUUCGACGUUUGAAAUAUUUGGAUAUUAAGGAUAUGGAUCUAGGAAAAAAAAUAAUUGCAGCAUGUUGUGUAUUGCACACAAUUUUAUGCAAAACGAGAUGGAUGAAUAUAAUAUCAAUGACGUGAUUGAAGAAAUAUCUAAUGAAGAAAAUUUAAACAUAUAUAUAGAAAACGAAGAACGUCCACAGAUAAUUGCCAUACAAAAGCGCGAACAAAUUAUGCGUAAGUUAUCUCGUAAUGUAUAGUAAGAAGUGCAAGUGUAUACAUAUAAAGAUGUAAAAGAC